GCUUCGGAUGUUUCCCAAAGUGAUAAGUCUAGCUUUCGGGUUGAUAGAAUGAUGCUCAAGGGUUCUACAACCACUUCCAGAAAACAAAACCAUCAGUCCAGUUUUUGAGGGAAGCGGAAGAGAGCUGUUUUUUUUACUUUUGAUCGGUGUUAGUGAACUGUUGCUGAAGAUGUCUGAAGUUAUCGAAAUGAUUAUGAUCCUGAUCAUUGUCACCUUAUGCUUUCUGAUGAUUCCUUUCAAUCUGCAGCCGAAUCGUGUGAUCGAAGCUAGAAAAAAGUUCGACAUAUUCAUUCGACUUUAUGAUAAACCGUACCGGCACAAUAUGCGUGAAUACGAUCAUCGUUUUCAAAUUUUUCGAACAUCUCUCAAUCGCAUAGCGACCUUGAAUGCUCAUCGUGCAGAAAACGACACAGCGAUCUAUGGUAUCACGCAGUACGCGGAUCUGAGUGAUCGCGAGUUUUUGCUGAUGCAUUUGGAAGAUCUGAUGCACAACGAAGUUCCUGGUGUAGUGGAGCCGGAUGCUGUUAAUAUGUUGGAUAAAUUUAUCAUCGACUCGAGGAGUGCAGAAAUGAAAGAUGCAAUUAUAUUUUCAAGAGCUAAGCGGGAACUACAGGUGCCGGAAUAUCUGCCAAAGAUCGUUGAUUGGCGGGAGAAAGGAGUUAUCGGACCAGUAAAAUCUCAAGGCGGCUGUGGUGCGUGUUGGGCAAUCAGUGUAUUGGACACGAUAUCUUCAAUUUCUGCGAUCAAGCGAAAAGAAAAUGCAACCGAUCUUUGUACUGAGCAAGUGAUUAAUUGUGCCAAAAAUGGGAACUACGGAUGUGAGGGAGGCGACACCUGUCGGUUGCUGCAAUGGAUGAAGGAUGAAAAGGUCAAAGUGAAUACAUUGAAGGAGUGUCAGACGCUGGAAACUCUUCAGAAUGGAACAAGCUGUGAUUUCGGAACCAUCACCUCCAAAAGGGAUUUCCUAUCUGUAGAAAAAUAUUCAUGCGUCAGUUUGGUCGAUCGAGAGCAUCUGAUGCUGCGUUACCUGGCUACCCAUGGUCCGCUGGUGGUUGCUGUCAACGCCAUCUCGUGGCAAUACUAUUUGGGAGGUAUCAUCCAGUAUCACUGCGAUGGCAAUUACGAUGAUUUGAAUCAUGCGGUUGAGAUAGUCGGCUAUAACCUGGAGGGGCCGAUCCCAUAUUACUGGGUGAAGAAUUCUUGGGGCCCCAAAUUUGGAGACCGGGGCUACAUCAAAAUAGAAGUUGGGAAAAAUCUUUGCGGUAUCGCAAAUAGGGUUUCUUUCAUUGAUCUUAUUUAGUAAUAACAUUUUGUUUUCAUUAGUUUUUCAAUUUUUAUUUCCGUGUUGUCGUUUUUUAGAAUUCAUCAUGUUCUCUUGUUUGUUUGUUUUUUCUGCAAUAUAUGUUUUGUAUAAUGUAGUUUCGUGUUAUAUACAAUAAGUGUGUUGUUGCUCCAUUGUUUGUUUGCGUCGGUGCAAUUCACCUGUUUUAUUGAGAUGCUCAAUUUAAAUGCGCGAAUGAUUUUUAUUUAUUCAACCCGGUCGUGACAUCUGUCUUUCAUACUUUAUAAAUGUUAAUUCAAGAGAGAAUAAUAGGUGACUUGAAAAAACUACGGAUCUCUAGGUUUGACUGAAUAGUUUUGAUUCAAAAUGAACGGAUCGGAAAAAUGUCUAAUGCUAAAGCAAUUCCUAAAGAGGCAUUUUCACUGAACGGGAUGAAGCAGUUCGAUGUUUGUUUUCCGGAUUUGGUUUAAUUGUUGGACGAAAUUAAUCGAAGUUCCGGGCAAAGAAAAUUGCAUGGAUUUGGAAUUUUUGUUUUGUGAAAAAAAUUGUAGAUCAAACAGGAAGUAUACGAGAAACUUUUAUAACUUGUGAAAAAAUUUCGAGGCUUGUCAAAUUGUUCAAUAUUUCAGACUGAGUCUAUCUUAAUGGCUCAAAGUUGUGUUUGAAAUACUCAAAUUUAUAAUUUGAUUUAAAAUUAUAAGCUCUGAAUUAAUAUCCUGCUGCAGACAUUUAAAAUUUCGCAAAGGAAAUUAAUAAUCAGGAUUUUCAAAAGUGAAUAUUCGGAAUAUUAAUUUAUCAAAAAUCAAAUUUCUUUGAUUCCGUCAAUCGGUACAUCAUGCAAUACUUUUCAACUUCAGUGGCUUCUAAAAACUUAAUGUCAAAAGAUAAAUAAAAGAUAAUAAAAGAUAAAUAAAAGAUAAUACCACAUGAAUAUAAAAAGUUUAAAGUUUUUUUUUGACAUGGUCAGAAAAAUUAUUGGUUUCACCAGCUAUUUUUCAAUUUACAAAAACAUGCGAUUUUCACCCUACUAAGAAAAAAAGGGUUUGGAAAUUUGAAGUUUUUGAUAUAUUGGUGAUUUCUUUACGCAUGAAGCAUAACAGCAGUAAUUUGCACUAAAUUUUACAUUUUUCUAUCAAAAAUGUUUAUAAAGAAAAAGCAUAAGGGUGCUGCAUACAUUUAGGAGUAAAAAACCUACAAACAAUUCUACUAGCUGAAAUAAUAAAAGUUAAUGUUUGGAUGGAUAAAAUUUUAAAAUAACCAAACAAGUGAUGCAAAACAAUAGGGGAGAGUGGGGAUACUUGAUCCCCUUUUCUUAUUUUCACCAUAUCUUUAUGGAAAAAUUUAGCAACUCGCCGUCUUUGACAUUUUCUGACAGCUUGUAACUUCAAGUUUCUAUGCUCCAAAAAUUAGAACGAUACUUGAACCCGUUGAUGAACUAGAAGCAUUUUCGUGGGAGUAAAAAAAUUGCAAUUUUUCUGAAGAUAGGGGAGAUUUGAUCCCCUAUUGAAGGAGACUUGAUCUUAUAUUCAGGAAGCCCUAAUCCGUGUAUAAAAAUCUAACAAAACCCCAAGAUAGAAUGUUAAUUGACUAUUUUAGUCAUGUUUGUUCUCAUUUCACAAUUUAUAGCAGACAUAAGAAGAAAAUUCUAUACCUGAUCUCAACGCUUAUAACAUUGCAUACUUAAAGGCGCUAUUUCUAUAAUCAAGAGAAAAUUAAUUAUUUUUGCUCUUUUCUUCAGACAAUUGUUUGAUAAAUAUUACUUUUUGGAUAAAUAUUAGUAAUUUCGUAAUCAGCAAUCAUAACGAUCAAUUCAGAAGAAGAAUAUGCCGUUUCGAAGGGGGAUCAAUUGUACCAAACUCUAGGGGAUCAAUUGUACCCAUAAUCAACAUUUUAGAAAACUUUUUCUGAAAAAAGUUGGGAGUUUUCCAUUGCUUUGAAAAUUCGGCAUUAUGAAGUUCAUUUUACGCUCGAACGAUUGAUUCAUUGGAACAAAUAUUUUUUUCAUAAUUUUCCCAUGUAAGGAACAUUUUAAAGUGUUGAAAAAAGAUCUUCAAGUUACAUUUUGUGAAAUUUUUCAAAAAAAGUUCAAUUACUCAAACAAUUAUUUUGUUAAAAAAAAUUUUAACUACAAGCAUUGUUAUUUUAAUAUUCUAGCAUUCUAAUAUUCUAGCAUAUGGAAACGAGAUUUUUAAGGUGAAUCCUUGAUUUGCAUUUUGAUGCAUUUCAGCUCAGACCGGAAACAGAAUUAUAAAUAUAUUUAUUAAAAAAAUAUAUAUAGCAAUUGUCUGAAAAAUCUUUUCACACAAACAGUGUUGGUCUAGGAUAAUAUAAGCAAUAUAAAAUUUGUAGGAGAUAUCAUUAAGCCAAUCCGUCACACCGGUUAAAGUAGCAACAUGCCCCAUUUGACGGUUUUCGAUGUCGUAAAAAACUUUACCCAGUAUGGCGGAUUGGCCUGAUGAAAUCACAUACAAACUUUUUACUGGUUUAAUCAUCCUAUUCCAACACUAUGGGUGUAAAAAUGUUAUUUGAACAAUCACCACAUUUUUUUAAAUCAAUAUUUUUAUAAUACAGUUACCUGCCUGGGAUAAGAUGCAACAUAAUGCAAUUCGAAAAAAAACCUUUUAACUUUCGUUUCCAUAUACUCGAAUAUGAUAGUUCUGCAUCACGCAUUUGUCAAAAUUGAAAUUCCAUUCAUCCAAACAUUUAUUUUUAGGAUUCCAGCUAGUUGAACUUUUUGUAGUAUUAUUUACCCCUAAAUGUAUGCAAUGUCCUUUUGUUCACAGAAAAUAAUAUUUUUUUCAACAGAACCAGAAAUUACUGCAAUUGGUGUUUUUUAAACGAAAUGGCUUUUAUGGCAUCAAAAAUUUAUCGAAAACUAUACAUUUAGGUACUUAUGUUUUCAUUAGAUUUUUCAUUAAAAUCAAAGUUUGUUGCAACUUAUCCCUUUAUCUAAAUAUAGUGAAAAUCGCAUGUUAAAUAAAAAAUUAAUAAUAACUGAAGAAACCAAUUUUUCUUUUGACUACGCCAGUUUGAUGUCCCACUAAGCUAAAAACUUUAAACCUUUACCCUUUAUGGAGGUAUGGUUAUCUAUGGACGUGAGUUUCUUAGAAGCCAUUGAACUUGAAAAGUGUUGCAUGUUGCUUCGUUUGACGGUAUUUAAUUAUGAUAGUAUGGUUGUUCCAACUCCUGAAAAGCCAAUAUCUAACAAUGAAUUGAAUCCUCCGAAAUACGAAAUUUUUAUAGUAUUUUGAAGGAAUCAUCAAAGUAGAUAUCUAAUUUUCGACCAUGUUUGCUUGGUUUGUCAAAAAAAAAAAUAUUCAAAAAAUUUUUUUGUACAAUUCGAUUAUAUCUACUUCAAGGCGUUUGAAUUCCACCGUUUUAUCUUAUAAAGGCUGCUAAAAAUUGAUUUUCAAAUUAAAUAAUAGCUCCAAUUUUCGAAAGUUAAUUAAUUUUGUGUUUUUUAAAUAAAAAAAAAUAGUUCAACAAAUGUUGUAAAUUAUUGAAAACACAAUUUCCUAAGCUUUAUGUCUAUACUGCUAAAGCUAUGAUCAUUUAGUAUCUGGACACUUUAUUUCGGCGAUAGCUUCGUUAUUAGAGCUCGGAUAUGCAAAACUUCAAAAGCUUUGUGUUGGUUAUGAAAAGGACUAUCUUGCCUAUUUUUUGAAGAUUUUUAAGUUAACGUGUGUUUGAGAUAUUUACUAUGCAAAAAGACAUGGUAAAAAUCAUUUUGCACAAUCGCCUCGGAAAUACUUUAUUGUCAACUUGAAAACUCAUGAACUGUUAAUUUUUUCUGAUUUUUAUUUUGCCCAACUGGUUAAGAAGUAUUAGGAGCCAUUAUAGAAUGCUCACGAAGUUCAAUAAAAGCAUCGUAAUGACUCUUAAUCUUAAAUAUGGCUAAAAUAACUAUUGUUAUUGUGAAUUACUGAAUGUAGACGCUUUAACUAUGCAGUAAAUCCGUUUCAGGCAGACAGAAAGUGUUGCCUGACUAGAAGACACCAAGAUAAUAACUAAUAAUGAGCAGUUCCAUAGAUCGCAAUCUGUGCAACCGGUUUUUACGCAAUGUGACAUAUAUGUUCUGAUGGACAAAGAAAUUUAUGGUAAAACCGAAUUCAAGAAGUCAAAUUCUUCGAGAUGCCUACUCAUGAAAAGGUUCCAAUCAGAUUCCAAUAGGUUUUAUUAGGUGAAUUUGUGUAAAAUAUCAUGAUUAUGCAAAGGUUUUGCUUCUCUGGUAAAAAUAAUAGGUCAAAACAUGACUGAAAAAAGUGUGCAAUGAUAAAAUAAGAGAUUUUAUAAUAAAGGAAGAGUAUUUCUUGUAAUCAACGAUAAAUUAUUAUUUUUAUAUUUUUACAUUAAAUGUCAUAUUAACACCUUUAUUUACUCCAUAUAAAGUUUUUCGAUCAGAUGAAUAGUUUUUAAAAUGCACACGCACACGUAGCUGCCCGAAUUCUAAAUGAUCAUAACCUUAUAUUUCAUAAAGUUCCGUUUUUCAUAUUUCAACAUCUCUGCUAUUUGAUAUGAAGUAUAGAAACUUAUAUAUAAAUAGGACAUUAACAGAUUUAUCAAAUCACUACUCCCACGAAACAAUAAAAAUCUCAAAAACAAGUUACUGUCGUUAACUAUGUUCUGUGCCCAACCAAACUGAACAUAAGUUUAUGGAACGUAAUUUUGAACCCUCAUAACAAGUCUACAAAGCUCGGUACGAGAUCUCGUCCAAAAGAUGAUUGAUUCAAGUUAUUGACCUACAAAAGAUCAAAAUCAGUGAUCUAAAAAUUUCUCCUGUUAGGUAGUAAAAACUCAUAACCCUAUCGAAAUGCUUCAAAACCUAUUCUGCCAGUUAAAUUCCAUUCUACUCCGAUCGUUUGUUCAAUGAAAAACUGCCAUAUCUCAGUUGAGGAUGAAUUUUGCGUCUUUCUCGCGUUCUAUGUCAAUGAAUUAUUUAAUAGUUGCUAAGCAAGUGACUUUGUAUCAUUAUGAUAACAGUGAUUAUGCAGUGCAAUUGUAACCGAUCAGGCGGUUUAAGGCGAAGUAUUGUUUUUUUUUAUCCUUACAUUUGUUGAAUUGUUUUUUUUAUUACAAACAUGUGAUCAAUUUUCGAUCAUUGUUUUUGCUGCUAUAUUAAUUUUUUUAACUACGCGUUUUAAAAUUGAAAAUAUUAUUCUCCAAUUAGAAGGUGACAAUUUCAGUAAUUGAAUUUGAUUAGCCUAGAACGCAACAAAGUAAGGUCCGAAAAAACUUUACAUCCUCCCUCGGUAUCAUCGUGGUCGUCGUAUUUUGAACGUUUUUUUUUUUCAUUCCUAAUUCAAAAUAACUGAACUCUAUUAAAAAUACUAUCACACGCGUUUGCUAUCGAAUAGAUAAAAACGAUUCAUAAUAGUGUCUGUGUAUCCUUUUUUUUCAACAGUUCACCCGCAUUGUCGCUUUAUUUUUCGAUUUAAAAAAUUCCUACUUUUUCGUAUGCUCUCUAACUGCGAAUCUGUUUAUAAAAGUUUCGAUUUUCCUAUAUACACGCACAUCACUCGUUCAAAGUCACGUUUUGGACUGGGGAGUUCUUCUACCCCGUCCAGAUUCUCGGUUUUAUCCGGUAACAACUUCACAUUCUAUCCGCUAGCAGAGUGUCGAAACCAUAGAGUUCAUACAGAGCAUUCGCCUUCUUAACUCAGGGGUGCGUUAAACGAUUAUUUGACUAUACAUACUUAAAACUUGAUUACUCACUCUCAAAUAUCGAUUGUAAUUAAAGCAUUGAUAAGGUAGCAUCAUAAAUAAGGAUUGCCAUUUGACUACAUUCCUGUUUUUGCGUUCAAAAUCCCUAUUUCUGUUGAGUAUAAGAUCAAGAAAGCUCCAGUCGAUAGAUUAGCUUCCUCAAAUAUCUUUUUUUCUACACAGAAAAAAUAAAAACAAAAAGUGUCUGUAGCUAGCUGAAACCAUCUUAAAGCGUGAGGAAAAGACGAUAAUUCGUUUAUUUUCUCAAGUAUUUGUAUUUGUUUAAAUCAGUCUCAUUUAAGGCGAAACUUAUUCUCUGCAACAUGCUAUGUGUGGAUGAAUGAAUGUUUGUAGAAUGUGAGUGUUGUGUAUAUGAAAGAGUGUUUUAUGAUAAUUACACAUGAUUGAAUGCUUCAAACGCUUCUAUUAGUUUCUCUAGAUAUUUGUCUUCGAUUUGAACAAGCGAAAUAAACUAUCCGACUAAACUACAAUGCUAGUAGUAUGCUUUCAUGAAAUAC